CUUCACUUCGCUCUCUUUAAGAAGAGUUCGAGUGACCAAAGUAAGAAAGAAAAAAAAACCUACACCGACGAAAUGGACGAAUCGUGGCGUAAGAAGAUGGGUUUAAACCUUGAUCCCUUCUUCUCCUUUGCUCGAAAAUCCAUGGACGCUCGAAUCGACGCCGAAGACUUCGCCGACGUCUUCGGCGGUCCGCCGCGUAGCGUCCUCACCCGAAAAUUCUCCGGCGACUUUUCCCGUUCCGACUGUUUCUACGACGAGGUUUUCCUUCCCCCGGGAAUAUCCUCCGGCGGCACACUUCCGUCCUCUAAAUCUCACGGCAGAAACUUGACGGCGUUUAGGAUCCCCUCCGGCGGAGGUGGGUUUUACGACGGCGUGUUCGGCGGUCGCGGUGGGACGGCCAAGGAGGGAUUCAAGAAGCCGAAGUCGAGGUCGCACUCCUCGUCGGUGCUCACGUCUGAGGAGGUCAGUCCUCAUUAUCCACCACCGGCGGCGACGUCCGGCGAUGACGUGGGGUUCUCUUCUUUUACUUCUAAACUCAGACCGUUAAACGUACCAUCGAGAAGUCAUAAGCGGGAAUCUAAGAAACAGAGUUUCCCGGCGUUUCCAACAUCCGCAGAUUCAUUCUCCGGCCACGAAAGAUCAGAUUUUUACUACAGAAAACCACACUUCAGCGGAUCAAGAAGAUCUUCUCCGGAGACCAUGAGCUUAGAUCCUAACUCCUUCAGGAGAAUGGAUGAUUACGGACCAAGCUCUCCAGCGUCUUCCCCUGUUUCUUCUUUUGUCUACGAAGAAGAAGAACACACUGAGUCGAAACAGAGGACGACCGGAGACUGUAGAGUCGAGGAGGUGGUGGAAGAGGAAGAAGAGAUGAGUUCUUACGUGAUUGAAAUAAACUCAGAUCGUUUUGAUCGAGGGAACUCGGAUUCGAACGACAUGGAUGAAGCAAUAGCUUGGGCUAAGGAGAGAUCUCAACGGCCAGAACCAAAGCAAACACAAGAAGAAGAAGACUUAAUGGAUUCAAGAAGAAGCGAAGAAGAAGAAGAAGCCAAAUCUGAAGAAGAGGUGGAGAUGGAGAUGAAAGAUGAAGAAAUAAGAAUCUGGUUAACCGGAAAAGAGACCAACAUUAGACUCCUCCUCUCAACUCUACAUCAUGUUCUUUGGUCAGAUAGCAACUGGCACGCAAUACCGUUGGCAAAUCUUAGAGAUGGGUCACAAGUGAAGAAAGCUUACCAAAAAGCUCGGCUUUGUUUGCAUCCAGAUAAACUUCAACAGAGAGGUGGAACUUCACCGGUUCAGAAGUCGGUCGCGAGCAGAGUAUUCUCCAUUCUUCAGGAAGCAUGGGCUGUGUACGUAACAAAUGAAGGACUCUCAAGCUAAACCGGAAUUCAUAAACCGGAAAUGUUGGUUUAAAAUGUAAGAAGAAUAAGAGGAGGAAAAGCAGAUGCUUGUAUCUUUUAUGAUUGUUAAAGUCAUGAACAUUCCCAUGUGUUGCAUAUGUGGCUUCCAUUGUCAAUGUUCUUAUAUAUACAGAAAAUAACAAAAUGCUUGAAAACUAUCAAGUUAACGUGCGAAACGAAUGGAACCUGGAUAAGAAAAAACGAAUGUUGUUUUUGUUUGUUU